CAAGUCUUAUCUAUAGUGUCACGUAAACAAAAUUAAAAACAACAUAAUACGAUUAAUGAACUCUCGGAAUUGAUACAGUUUAUAACAUUGUUUCAAUUUAGAAUUAUAAAUUAUGUGCUAGGAAAAUCUACAAAAAUGUUUUCUGCUCUUAAAAAACUCGCAAAAGGCAACGAUGACCGCUGUCCAGCUCCUAUGCCUAUGUCUUCCUCUUUGCAAAAGAAAUUUUCCAGAGGAGUACAUUUUAACAUGAAAAUAUUAAUCAAAGGCGAUAGAAAUGUUGGUAAAUCUUGUCUUCUUCAGCGGCUUCAAGGUGGCCCUUUUAUAGAAGAGUAUGUACCUACAGAUCAAAUACAAGUGGCACCUAUUCACUGGACAUACAAAAAUACGGAUUAUAUUGUUAAAGUUGAAGUGUGGGAAGUAGUAGAUAAAGCUCGAGCAAAGAAAAAAGCUCCUUUAGGACUAAAAUUGGAAAAUCAGUCUAAGCAAGCAAUUGAUGAUGAUGUCUAUGAAACCCCAGUGCUGGAUGCAACUUUUUUGGAUGUCUAUAAAAAUGCUACAGGUGUAAUUUUGAUGUUGGACAUUACAAAACCUUGGACUUUUGAUUAUGUGGUGAAAGAAUUGUCUCAUGUGCCUGCGGAUCUGCCUGUAGUAAUACUUGGAAAUCACUGUGAUAUGCAACAUCAUCGUCAAGUUCAUCCUCAUCAUAUAGAACAAGCACUUUAUCAUGCUAGGCUCAACAGGCCAGCACCUGUACGUUAUGCAGAAUCUUCAAUGAGGAAUGGCUUUGGAUUACGUUUGCUGCACAAGUUCUUAAGUGUACCUUUUCUUAGACUUCAAAAAACAAGUUUAUUAGAGCAGCUGCAAAGAAAUCAAAAAGACAUGGAAGAAAUUGAAAAGGAACUUGAUGAUUUUCAAAAUUCAGAGGAAUCCCACUACAAUUUGUUUGUAGAUCGUUUGGCAAAUAAGCGCAAACUAAGCAAUGCACAGCCUGAACAACGACCAACUAAUGAUAGGUCACCAAGCAUUGUGUUGGGAGCUGGUAAACCAAUAGUGCCACCAAAUGUCAAUCCACUUUUAGCACAAACCGUGAAUCCUAGUAAACCACAAUCUGAAAAUUCACAAGUGCAACAAAAUCAAUAUGUGAAUCCUGAAUUGUUACAAUCCAAACAUUUCAUUGGUACGGAUACGACGUCACCUCGGUCACUUUCUAACAAUGAUAAGAGCUCUUCGUCAGGUACCAACGCGCCGUCGAUAGGUACUUUGGAUGAGUUCUAUGCUGGGACAUUAGAUAGCAGCUUUUUAGAAGAUCUCACACCCUUGUCUAACGUCAGCCAAGACAUCAAAUACGAAAGUGACAGCGAUGAUGGGGCUAUGACAAAUCCUAGAGUAACGGUGGACGAAGAUGAUCUUGAUAUUGAUACUAGUGCAUCUGAAAGCGCCACGGGAACAAAACUUUCUAGUGAUCUCACAUUCGGUUCAAGAUCUCUUAAAGAAUCUAACAUAGAAAAGUUAAUGAGUCAUACAUCAAUCAGUAAAGAGACGGAUAUUUCAAUACAAACACCUGUCGCUCCAACAGAUAUUGAUCUGAAACUGUCUAUGCUUGAUCAUAGACACCAUGACAUGCAGUUGUCAUUGGAUAGUGACUAUCCAAUUUGGGCUGGUGACUCCAGCGCUAGAAGGUCUCCUGAAGGUGGAGAGGACCCGGAUUUAGCUAAAGAACCUAACGUUAAGGUAGAGAAGAAACACAAGAAAAAGAAAUCCAAGGAUAAAGACAAAGAAAAAGGCGAUUACAGCGACAAGUCAGAUCGUAAGGAAAAGAAACAUAAACAUAAGAAAUCUAAGGGUGAGAAACAGCCAAAUCCACAACAAGAUCUUCUGGCACCCGCAUCGUACAACGAAUUUAAUUAUGAAGAAUAUGACAGUAUAUAAUUUACUUUUGUACUUAUGCUAUUUUGUGUUCGAGUCGGUUAUUGACUCAACUGACUAUGGAGACGGUUGCCACUUUCUAUCAGGUGGGCUGUCAGCUUGUUUGGCAUUCCAAGACGCAUCACAAGAGUCGAGAAUGAAGAUUACUAGAUCAUUUUAUUUUUUCAUAUAAGAUUAGACAGAUAAAUAUCAAGGUAAAAGCAAGAAAGUGAGAUUAUCCGUAAUUACACCUUUUAAGGGUUCGGAAGCGUUUAGUAUAUUUUAUAGGCUGCACGUCCGAUAUUGUUUAUUCUCAUAUAAAAUAUGCUUAUAUAAUUCUUACUAAUAUUAUAAUAUUGUGAAAGUGAGUUUGUUACCUCUUAGCGCCUUGACGUCUCGGCUAUGACCGUUAGUAUACAUAGUACAUAUUUGAAAUGGAAAAGAUCAUAUAAUAUUUUUAUCCCAGUCACGCGAAGUUGCACGCACAGCUCAUAAUAUUAUGGAGAUAAAAAAAUACUUGCCUACCUAAAGUACGUUCAAAGAUUUGUCUAUUUUUCCAUUUGCAUUAUGAACAGAGAUUAGAGCAUUUUCUUCCUAUAAAUUAAAGCUAAUUAAAUUUAAGCUGAAGCUAUAUUAUGGUUAAGUAUGCUACAUACACACGAUGUUCAAAUUCCAAGUACUGUCUUGUUUAAAUAUAUGCAUAUAUUUGUGUUACUAAAUCAUUUAUACAAUCAGGUCUUUAUGGGCCUGCCUAGAUUUUGUCAUAGAACCUAAUUCCAACGAUGAUCAAAAGGGGUUAAAAUGCCCUUUUCAGGCGAAUCAUAUUUACGUGUUAAUAGGCCUCUGGUGCUAAGAGCAUAAUAUUAACAUACUAGUUAAUAUUAUGUUCUUAGUAUUUACAUUGGUGCAUUAUAUAAAACAAUUCCUAUUAUGAUUCGUGUUCAGUGGUGUUUUUAAUUCUUCAAGCACGAAAUUUAAUUAAUGGUAUAUAUGUCGGGAUAAAAGUCGUUGGCGCUCUGUUUUAUCUGUAUCCAAAGACCAGAUCAAAUGUAUAUUAUCUAUUCUUAUAUAUACUUUGCAUGCUCAGUAGAGAAUGUUUAUAUGCCUUAAUAUUAAAAUAACAAUACAUAACAGACUAACAGCUAAAAUGAAAAGAUUUUGGGAUGAAUUGAUUGUGUUAUUGCACAUUAUUAUUAUUUUUGUUUGUCCUAUAUAUAUAUAUAU